CUUCUCUGCUUUGAGAGGCAGCGGAUUCUGCUGCUCUUCCCAACUACUUUCCACUGUCUGCCACCUUGUCCUUUCUUUCUGGUGGCAGCAUCUGGGGAGCCCAUUGCUGCUGCUGGAGCUGUGUGCACCUGAGAGCCAGGAAGGCACUGCUGCUCUAACACUGGCUCUUUGCCUUGUUUCCCACUGCCAAACCCCAUCAGGAGUUAAAACCAAGUGAACACUUUCUGCAGUUGGCAGCUGCUGCAGUACCUACAGGCAUAUUUUGUGAUUGGGGGAGAGGAAAAAAAAAAAAAAAGAGCAGGAUGAAUGCUAUAAUUGUAAAUGGGAGAAGUGCUAGCUGAAAUUUCCAUUUGGAAAGUGAUCCCCACCAUAAAAAGUGGCUGACUAUUGAAGUAGUAGCUUUCUGCUGGUACUCAUGCACUACUUCUUGCUUUAGGAGGCACUUUUUGUACCUGUGUGGGGUGUUGCUUCUACAAUUCUUCCUUUUAGCCAGUUUCUGGAAAUCUUCGUGUUUCUGUGCUUCAGUUUUUUUCUGCUGUGUGAAAAACUUGUGCUGAUGUCUUCUGCUGCCUGUAACUUUUCUUCCUCUUCUGUCUACACUUCUUCAUCUCCAGGACUUCUUCCUGUUGGUGUUUCCCUUUCUCUUCAUUUCCUCUUCCCUGAAGUUUCCACCUGGAUAUUUUGCUUCAGUUUACUGUGCUUUGAGAUGGCUGGCCAGGUGAUUGGGCAAUGCUACUCCCCAGAUACCAUUCUUGUAUUAAAAAAAAUAUUUUAAGAUUAUACAUCUGUUUAAUGAUGUGGACGAGUGUGCCCUGGGGCUGGACGACUGCCACCCAGAUGCUAUUUGUCAAAACACCCCGAAGCUGUACAAGUGCAUGUGCAAAGUGGGUUACACUGGAGAAGGGAGGAAAUGUGAAGACAUUGAUGAAUGUGACAACGACUUCAAUGGGGGCUGUGUCCACGAGUGUUUCAACAUUCCAGGGAAUUACCGCUGCACUUGCUACGAUGGCUUUAUGCUGGCUCACGAUGGCCACAACUGCCUGGACACAGAUGAGUGCAUGUUCAACAAUGGUGGCUGCCAGCACGUUUGUGUCAACACUGUGGGGAGCUACGAGUGCCUGUGCAAGGAGGGGUUCUUCCUCAGCGACAACCAGCACACCUGCAUCCACCGCUCCGAAGAAGGCAUGAGCUGCAUGAACAAAGAUCAUGGCUGUGCCCACAUCUGCCGAGAAACCCCCAAAGGAGGAGUUGCCUGUGAAUGCCGGCCAGGAUUUGAGCUGUCCAAGAACCAGAGGAGCUGCAUUUUGACUUGCAACCACGGCAAUGGGGGCUGCCAGCACACGUGUGACGAUGCUGACCACGGGCCUGUUUGUGGAUGCCACCCCAAGUACGUCAUGCACACGGAUGGCAAAACCUGCCUGGAGAGGGAAGAAGCUGCUGUUGAAGUUUCUGAGGGAAACACCACAGCAGCAGCUGAUGUGGACAAGAGAGUGAAGCGACGGCUGCUUAUGGAAACGUGCGCGGUGAACAACGGCGGCUGCGACCGCACCUGCAAGGACACGUCCACCGGAGUGCACUGCAGCUGCCCCGUGGGAUUCACGCUCCAGUUCGAUGGCAAGACAUGCAAAGAUAUUGAUGAAUGCCAGUCCAAUAAUGGAGGCUGUGACCAUUUCUGUAAAAACACUGUUGGCAGUUUUGAUUGCAGCUGCAGAAAAGGAUUUAAAUUAUUAACAGAUGAGAAGUCUUGUCAAGACAUCGACGAGUGCUCCUUCGAGCGGGCGUGCGACCACACGUGCAUCAACCACCCCGGCUCCUUCGAGUGCACCUGCAACAAGGGCUAUGCCCUCUACGGCUUCACACACUGUGGAGAUAUUAAUGAAUGUAGCAUCAAAAACGGUGGCUGCCAGCAGCUCUGUGUGAACACACUGGGAGAUUAUGAAUGCCUGUGUCACUCCAGCUACAAGCUACACUGGAAUAAAAAGGACUGUGUUGAGACAAAAGAUCCCUUGUCUGAUAAUGUGUCACCCAAGGUACUGCUGCACUGCAUUAAGAGUGGUGGGAGUGAUAGAUGCUUUCUGAGCUGCUCUCCAGAUGUCCAGGUAUUCUCUGGAACACAAGAUGCCUACACCCUCACCUGUGGCAGGUCCUCUCAGCUUAAGAAAAAGCAGCAAAAUGCAAAUGCUUCCAGCUGGCUGGAUGCUUCAGCCAUCAAGAUAAGCGUAACAUUUAAAUUAAAUGAAGGAAAAUGUAGUUUGAAAAAGACUGAGAUGUUUCAAGAAGGUCUGGAGCAGAUGAUACCAGAGAGACAAAACUCAGUCAUGGAGAGCUUCCACUACGUAAACCUAACAUGCAGCUCUGGCAAGAGAGUCCAUGGAGCCCUCAGCAGACUGACAGCGACCAGAGAGAUUUUUAUCACUGCGGACUUUGAGCUUGAGAUGAGCUGGAAGGAGGUGACAGACACGUGCGACGUGCGCUGCGCGCGGAAGAAGACGGAGAAGCGGUUCCGAAAAACCAUCCGGACCCUGCGGAAAACCGUCAGCAGGGACCAGUUCCGCGUCCGCCUCUCGGGCACGGAGCACGAGGUGGCCAGGAAGGCUCCCAGGCCAUCGGAGCCACAGCAGUCCUGUGCUGUGGGACAGCUGCAUCCCAGAUGUGAUCAGUGCUCCCCUGGUGAAUAUUCCCCUGAUGGCUUCAAGCCCUGCGUGCCAUGUCCCCUUGGAACAUUCCAGCCUGAGGCUGGGAGGGUGUCCUGCUUUCCCUGUGGAGGAGGGCUGACCACAAGGCACAGUGGGGCAUCCUUGUUCCAGGACUGUGAGACCAAAGUUCAGUGUUCUCCUGGCCAUUUCUACAACACCACAACUCACCGAUGUAUUCGCUGUGCAAUUGGGACAUACCAGCCUGAGUUUGGACAAAAUUACUGCAUUUCCUGCCCUGGGAACACCACUACUGAUUUUGAUGGGUCAACAAACAUUACACAGUGCAAGAACAGGCAGUGUGGAGGGGAGCUGGGAGACUACACUGGAUAUAUUGAAUCGCCCAACUAUCCUGGGGACUACCCUGCAAACACCGAGUGCACCUGGAACAUCAACCCGCCGCCCAAGCGCCGCAUCCUGAUCGUGGUUCCAGAAAUAUUCCUGCCCAUAGAGGACGAGUGUGGAGACUACCUGGUGAUGAGAAAAAGCUCUUCUUCCAACUCGGUGACCACGUACGAGACCUGCCAGACCUACGAGCGCCCCAUCGCCUUCACCUCCAGGUCCAAGAAACUGUGGAUCCAGUUCAAGUCCAACGAAGGGAACAGUGCCAAGGGAUUCCAAGUUCCUUAUGUAACCUAUGAUGAGGAUUACCAAGAGCUGAUAGAAGACAUUGUUCGGGAUGGCAGACUCUAUGCAUCUGAAAAUCAUCAAGAAAUACUUAAGGACAAGAAGCUGAUAAAAGCAUUGUUUGACGUGUUGGCACAUCCGCAGAACUACUUCAAGUACACAGCCCAAGAGUCCAGAGAGAUGUUCCCAAGGUCCUUCAUCCGGCUGCUGCGCUCCAAAGUUUCCAGAUUUCUGAGGCCUUACAAAUAGCUGGCACUGUACUCAAAAGCUAAAGCAGCCCUGGGCAUGCACACAGGGGCUGGGGUAGGUGGGACUGCUUUCUGUGUUUUACACACUGGCAGAGACACUCCAGGGAAGCUCGCCAGCUCCGUUCUUGGCAGAGUUUGGCUUUCUCAGCUCAUAUAAAUAUUUUGGUGAACAGAAUUUUGACUCCUUUCCAGAUAAUACCUUUUGGGGUACCAAAGGAUACUUCACAGUGCCAGAAUUGGAGACUGCCCAUGAUUUCUGUAACUGAAUGGUGCCAAGCAGAAGUUUGUAGAGCUCUGCCCUGUUGCUUCAUCAGCGCCUCUAAAAGUUAAUGAGGACAGACAGGCUAAGUGGUGUGGUUUGGGAUGAACCCUGGGCUGCCAUUAAUGCAUGUUACCUCAACAAAGCUGGGUUCAUGUUUGGUCUCGCUGAAAGUGAGAACAGCAUUGAUGUCUCUUAACAUUUGCUGUGCAGGAAAUUCAGAGCUAAGGCUGGCAUAGCUUUAAUUCAAACCAGUGAGGCCAAGAACUGCACAAGGUGCAGUUUUUCCCUGAACCACAUGUGGCAUGGAGCAAAGGGUUGAGUAUCAGCUUGAAUGUGGGUCUGGCUCACAUUGUGUCCAUGCUGGUGACCUAUUUGCUUCCAUGGAGCAAUACCUGAAUAAACUUUGGGCACCACAGGAGUGGAAAAUAGGUCCUGACCUGCUGGACAUUUCCAUUUUGGGCUGUCUGCAGCUGUUAGAUCAGAUUCCUUCCUAAAUCCAAGUGUUGUCCCUGUGCAUAGACCUGGGACAGCCAAAGGCAUCUUCCCACUUGUGUAAAAUUCUGUCCUCUGAGCACCUGCAGGUGAGCCCAGAAGCCCCAUUUUAAAUGCAGGCUUUGCAUAGAUGAUGCUCUUGGUACAACACUGUUUAAAGCUGAGUAAGGCUCUCGUAUGAGCCUCAGUUGUUACAUUCUCUACCUUUGCUGAGCACCUUGCAAUGGCCUUGUUAAGCACAGAAGAGCUGCUUUCCCUGUCUGGCUGGAGAGAAAGAGAGGCACAACGAUUCAACCAGACCGUGGCCACAAAAGUUGUCUAUGGCAAAUUGUUCCUCAGGACUCCCAGGCUCUGUGUCCUCCUCCUCAGGCUGUGUUUCCUAUUGGAGAAAAGGCUGUUCUGAGGGGGCCUGUAGGGAAACCUGAGUUGAUCAAAAUGUUCUCAGUGCUGUUCUGUCCACACUUACAUCUCCUCUGACCACACAAUCCAUUUUCUCAGAGUAAUGUACCUUGAGGACCUUCUGCUUUGGAGGGACAGAGCCACAGUCCCAUCCAUUUGGAAAUGGAAUUAUGACUUCUGUCUUUUGGUCACUGGUCAUGCCAAGGGGUGCAGUGGGCACCAAACUCCCUCUCUGUGCCAUCUUAGGAAUGGUACUUACAUUUCACAGGGUAGCCAGGAGAAAUUCUCCCAUUCCCAGGGUGUGGAGUCAGACCUGCUGGGUUUCAUUGCAUUGGCAUGUGGUAUUUAACUGCUGUAUGUGAAUAACACCGUGCCCACAGGGGACAGAGGAAACCCUCACCAAGAGCUGGGCUCUGAAUCUCCUCCCUGCCCUGUUGGGAGCAAAUGGGCGCUCCUGGCUCAGCCUUGCUGAGCUGCUGUGCCACAGUGUGUGUGGGGCAAGGACACAUCUUGGCCAUGGUGUGAUGGGGAGGGACGAAGGCUGGGGAGCAGAGCCUCUCAGGAUGGGGCUGUGUGGUGUCCUUGCUGCUGGGCAGGGACUGGCAGGCGUGGCCAGAGCUGGGAAAUGGUUUGUGCUGCUACCAGGAGAGAGAGCUGUGUCUCCCAGCUGCCUGGGAGAUGGCUGGGCAGGGCAGGGCAGGGCAGUGAGUGCCCACUCCAGGAGCAGCCUGCAGCAAGAGGAGCGAGGCACAGAGAGCUGGCAGAGCAGAGGAGAAGGGACACAGGUCCUUGUGUGUCCCUGGCAGCUGUGCUCCUCCUGAGCAGGGUCCCUGUGGGGACCUGUCCCUGCUGUCUCUGUGGGGAGGGAGGACAGGACUGUGUGGCAGAGGGCACGGAGCAGUGUGACUGGGGAGGGAGGCUGAGGAAUGCCAAAACAGCAGGAAGGGUGCUGAGAGGCUUUGCUGCAUCUGUGCUGUCCUGGAGAGAGCCCAGGGAGGUAUUUCCAGAGUUUCCCUGUGGCUGCCCAGCCCCUAUGCCAGAUGCAGUGACCAGUGACCCCAGUGAGCCACCAGCCCCCUCUGCGUGGCACUGGGCACUCUGGAGGUGCUGCAGUCCUGCUCUGGGGGUGGCACAGUGGGGACAGGGCCAUGGUGUGCCAGCUGCUGGGCUGGCCCAACAGAGGGGCUUUGCUGGCCCAUGCUCAGUUCCAAGGGCAAAGAAGGCAUUUCUGGCUGUGCUUCCUCCCAGGGAGGCUGCAGGUCUGAGCAGCUCAGGAACACACUGCCAGGGAUUGGUUUCAACCAGGGUUCAAGGCAGUCAAAGCUGUGAAACAUCCAUCCAGAUGUUUCUAAAGGGUGAGACUGGGCUGUGUUGCUCUGUGCACGAGUUACUGACCCGUGCUCUGGGUUGGUCACACUGCACCUCCUCUGCCAGCCCUGCUGUGCCAGCUCUGCACAGCUGCCUUUGGCACCCACAGUGAUCCCAGCUUUGCUUCUCCUGCCCCACAGUGAGCACAGGCCGUGUUCAUGGCUGGGAGGAGAGGGGUGUGCACGGUCUGGGGCUGAGGAGAGAACCUGGCCCUUCUCAGAGAGGAAUCCUCAUUGUUCCACAGCCCUGCUCCUUUCCUACUCAAACAACAAAUGGCUCAGAAGCACUUCUGUUACCCUUGAUCUAACAUUGUGGAUCAAAAUUUCCCCUUUUACUGUAAUUCCUGUGUGUUCAGUAAAAAGUGAAGAGGGAGUUUUUGCUACCUUGAACUCUGGGAGAAUUGAUAAUUUACACAAUGUUGUAAACCCUUGGCAUUGUAUCUUCAUAGUCAUGGUAGUGGCUCUGUAGAAAUUUCAGUUUCUACUUUCUGUGUGGUUGUAGACUGAUGAUGUGUUUUGGCAACAAAUGAUUCAAAAAAUGUUUAACCUUAUAAAACGAGAUGUAAUUUUUGGAAUAAUGAUUAGUGCUAACUGGGUGACUCAAUGUCAUCUACGUGAGAUAAGCAUGAGGAACAUUUUGGUGAUUGUAAAUUUAUGUAAAAUGUUUCAGGCUGUUACUCUUGAUAAGAGAAAUAAACCAGUGAACUUUUAGCUGCA